AUGGCCACCGAGAGUUUGCUCGACGCCCCUCCUGACUUCUAUCAGGUCCUGCAGGGCCUCCCAAUCAGGGCUUCGAGUCCAGGACCGCACGAUGCUGAGGAUGACCAUAGUCCUCGCAGUGUACAUCAGAGGACGUAUAUGGCCGCUGCGUUCAUAUGUGCAUGCGUGGACGACGACUCCAGCAACUGGAGCAACUUCUACUCGUCCACGACAGCGGAACAGAGCUCAAAAGACUCCUCCGAUGAUUCUCCCGCACCACACAUACACAUGCAGGAUGACGAUCUUGGCGACGAACUCCUUCAAGGCGCUGUGCGUGCCGCUCUGCACGGACUGCAUGAUCUUUGUUCCCGCCCUUCUGACCAAUUAUCUACUGGCACCGACGAUUGGCGUUGCCCUGUCAAAGGCUGUAGCGAAGUCGUUCGCCCGUUCGACCUUACUCGGCAGCAGUGCGACGUCGUUGCCAUGUUAUCGGGGGAUCUCAAUUCUAUGCUAGCCCAAGACGUCGACAAUAGGGUCGCUCUUCACCACCAGGACCCAUACAAGUUUCUACGCUACGUCGACGCCAUCGCUUGGGAGCAUCUCUCGUGGCAUCUUCACCGCGCCCACAUCACGUUCUACUACCCUCAUCCUCAUAGGAACAGCCCGGUUGGUGGUGGAACGAGGCUCUUUUGGCUCGCGACCGGGCCCUCCAGCAAGAAGUGA